AUGGCAGGGACGUCAGAAAAUGGAGACGUUGCACAGCUCGAGGAGUAUCAUGAUGGGGACUUAGAAAAAGCGCUUGAGGAAGUUGAUGAAGUCCAGAUCAUUGAGGAUGGCACUGCAGAUGACGAGCUGCUGCUUGCUGAAGGAGCCCUUGAAGAGGUGCCCGACCUUGAGGGCCUUGGCCAGGAGGUUGCGGAUGGCACCGUGGAGGAACUCCCGGAGGAACUCGCAGAGGGGCUCACAGAGGGGCUCGCCGAGGAGUUACCCGAGGAGGUCCUGGAGCUGGAAGCGGAAGUUCUUGGCACCGACCUCCUUGGAGUGGAGGUUGCGGCCGAGGUGGAUGAGGACGAGGAUAACGAAGGAGUUCAGGAUCAUUUGAUGGAUGCAGUCGAAGGUACCUUGCGCCUCAAGCGUUUGCUGUCUCAAGAUGACGAGGCUCCAGAAGAAGCACUGAAUGGCAAGAAGCGUCGCACUAAGAAGGACUCAGCAACCCCGGCAGCUGAUGAGGUCAGAAUCCAACAGCUGCUUACACGAUGGGGCCUUCUUCAGGACAAGGUCACCAGACAUGUCCUGGAAACGUUGACGCCGGAGGAACUUGAGAUGCUGGACGAUUCCUAUGUCCCCGACAAGUUCAAUCAGUGGCGAGGCCCUGGAGAGCUCAUCCUUUGCCAGAUUGCUGCACUGAAAGACAGAAAGGGUGCAGGUGUAGGAGCUGCUGAUGCUAUUGCGUCGUUUCGACACAAGUGGAAAUUGAACGUGGAUCAAGAUGCAAUACUGCGGAAGUUGACACACAAGGAACUGCGCUACAUCAUGAAGGAGUACGAUGGUGAGAUGUCACUGGAGGACAUGCUCCCGCAGGCAAGUGCCUCUGUGGCUGACGAGUCCAUCACGGAAGGCACGCUGCCGGACGAGCCAGGCGUGCAGGUCAUCUCAAGGUUCAACCGCUUGGAGCUCAUUGAUCCUUUGGCAGACUGCGCUGUUUUCGGAGAUGCCAAUCUUUCCUUUGCUUUAAAGCUGGCAAAGCACAGGGAGGCGCUGGGUCAUGUUGGUCGAGUCAUUGCGACCACCUUUGAGACGCUAGAAUGUCUGCGCGAACGCUACCAGGAAAUAGACAGCACCAUCAAGAUCCUGGAAGAUCUCUACGCUGAGGUCUACCAUGGUGUGGAUUGCACUCGGAUUGCAGUUGACAACCGCUUUCAAGGCAUGGAGGGCAGCCUCGGAGCGAUCUAUUACAAUUUCCCACAUGCGGGUGCCGUCAGUGGCUUCUUUGACGGUCACCCAUGCGUCAAUUGGCGCCACGAAAAUCUCAUGAGACUUUUCUUCAGAGCUCUCCGCUCGUUCAUGAAGCCCGGCGGUCUGGUGAAGGUCUCUUCCAGCAAAGGCGCAGUGGGAGUGAGAGCUUUCUAUAUCAUGGAGUCAGCCCAGGAGAACGAGUUUGUUCACAUUGAGACGAUGCCCUUCCUGGAUUGGCACCUGCACAGAUACGGCCGUUCGUAUGGAGACAAGAGGGAUGUGUACAGACGGCCUGGUCAAGGAGAAGGCUACAACGUGCAAAGAGCCGAUGCAGAUAUGGUCUACACCUUCAAAUAUGCACCGUCCGGUGAAUCGCUCCCACCGCAGAGUAUUCGCAUGCCGCCAAAAUUCGGCGUGCUGAAGUCUUGUCCGGAUGGCCCAUUCAGGACUUUGUUCGGAGAGGCACGGGGACCUUUGUGA